AUGAUGAUGGCGGCGCAGGCAUCGAAGAUUAAAUCGUUCGAUGCGGCGAUAGAAGAGGAGCCGAAAUCGCAACUCAAGACAUCGCUCUCGAUGAGCAACAUCCUGCAACAUCAGCAGGAGCAUGCGCGGCUGGUGAAGAAGAAGAUGAAGAAAAAGAAGAAGGCGGCCUCGAAGAACAACAAGAAGGCCAAGAAGAGCAAGGAGAGCCUCAUCAAGCCGGCAGCAGUAGAGACCAAGCUCGAGGCCUGCAUAUCGACAGAAGAAAUCGAGACCGCCUACCACGCCGCCGACCCAGCUGCUCAUUCUCAACCUCGAGGACGAGAACGCGGGCUGAGCCGAUCCUCGCCCUCACCGACAUCUUCAACGAGAAGAUUGGGGCCGGCCCACGGAGGCGCCUGGAGCGAUGCCGACGAUGAGAUCCUGGAAUUCGUGAGGGAGGAGACGCCCCUCGAUCGCCGCAGCGUCGGUCCGGUCAGCGUCGGUUCGGGUUCGGUCGUCGUGGCCACGUCGACCACCACCACCACGUCGACCACGGCUUCGCCCGCUCUACCUUCGAAGAAGGGCAAGGGCAAGAGCAAAAAGAAGAAGCAGCAGCAGCAGCAGCAACUGCACAACAAGAACACCACCAACGGCGGCGGCGGCGGCGGCGGCUGCAAGAAGAACGGCUCAUCGUCGACGAGUGCCAGCCCCAGCAGCGGCAGCGGCAGCAGCAGCAACAACAUGGCCGGUACGUCGACGCCGCGGAGCCAAGACGACGAGUUGCGCUGCUGGGACGCCCGAGAGGCGGCAGACGAGGAGGAGGCCUUCGAUAAGGAGGAGGAGGCGGAGGAGGAGGACACCGACGAGGAGAGCGGCAGCUGCUCCUCGCGCUACGGCUGGCAGUUCAAGAACGACAAACUGAUUGCUGGGCGCGACUGGGCCGAGUUCUAUGACAACAUGAAGCGACACAUCGGCGGUGGCGCCCCGCGUCGCGAGUUUGCGAUGCUGGAUGAAGACGCCGCCCGCGUGUACGCCAAGCGCACGGACGACUUCUCGUGUGCGGUGGCGCCGCUCAAUUUUCAGAAGAACCGCUACGGCAACAUCCUGCCCUACAACCAGAACCGGGUCAAGCUGGCCGUCGCCGACGACCAGUCUGACUAUGUCAACGCCAGCUACGUCAAGCUCGAUGACGUGUUGCCCGGUUUCCAAGACAAGAUCACCUACAUCGCCGCCUCGGCACCCAUUCCCUCUACCGUCGAGGACUUUUACCGUAUGCUGUGGGAAACGGAGACGUUUGGCAUCGUCAUGCUUACGCGAAACGAAGAGGGAGGCAGACCCAAGUGCCACCAGUACUGGCCCGAGGACAACGACAAGCAGACCUACGGGUGCUUCACGGUCACCAACGUGGAGGAGAUCGACAACAAGAAGCAUUCGUUCCUCGUCAGGCGAUUCGUGGUCGAAAAAGCAAGCGAGACGCGGGAGAUCACGCAGUACCACUAUCUUGCGUGGCCCGACCACGGGGUGCCCGAGUCGUCGGAACCGCUGGAGGAAAUCAUAAAAUUGAUCAACGAGCGAAUGCGCGAGGUCGGCAAAACCAACGCACUCAAGGAGCCCACCCUGGUGGCCCACUGCAGGUUGGUUGCCCGCGCCUUCAUCCUCAUUCACACCAUCCUCAACCUCCUCUUUCAAGAGAUCAAAGAGGGGGACACUGAGAGUCUUACGCGCUGGACGUCGAAGGCGCCACCGACCAUCGAUUUUGUGCACCUGGUGCAGCACAUGCGAAACCAGAGGACCUGCAUGAUCUCCCAGCCGGAGCAGUACGAGUUUUGUUAUCAGACGGUGCUCAGCAAUCUGGGCCGCGCCCUCCAAUACACGCCACGCAAGUGCGAAUCGGGCUCGCCCUCUCCCAAGCACGUCGAUGGUCGAGUGGGAAGGAAGACUUCGCUGGGCGCCAUCCCGAGACAGAAGAGCUGCGUUCUGUUCUGA